ACGCAGUCUCAUAUUUUUAAUAGCCGCACAAACGAAACGUCUAUGCUUUUAUUUACUACUAUAAGGCGCCGUAUAAGAAAAUGUGCUCUAUGGGAGAUAGUGCUGUCUUUAAAAAAACCAAAAUGCAUAGCCGAAAAAUUAUAAAGUAAGCCAGUAUGAAAUUAAAGAAAUAGUAAUCAAAGAAAGACAUUAAAAAUAUGUUUUCUAGUCAUUAGAUUGGCUUAGAAUCAGGAAAACCCGGGGCUAUGAAAAUGCCAGAAAAGGUCCUAGUUUCUACAAGGAAGUAGUUUUUUGAUGGGGGUGGUGGUUUUUUUCUGAACACAAAGGGCGGGGGAAGAGCGGGUCUGAAUGCACUAGUGAAAUCAUGUUGCUACCAAGCGGCUAUCUUUAUAAGAUAUAAACAAAGGCCAGGAGUGUGUUUUCUUUAUGCUCGAGUUUGGCUGGCUGUUCUGGAAGGGACCAGUGAAGAUACAAAGAGACAAAAAAAUAAAAGGAAGGCUAAAGCCAACAGACCAGAGUGCCCCACCGUUUAGCUCCGGAGGGUGCCCCGGAAGUGGACUCGCAAUUGAUUGACAUGUAAUUUCUUCAAAUUAGAGCCUGGAAACCAUGGCAGCAGUAGGAAGAUCCGGCUGUUUUAAAGUUGCGGUUCCGGUGUUAAGAAUGCCAAGGAUGAUGGGAAGCCUGAAUUUAUCCGUUUGUAGGGAACUCCACCCACAGUUCCCUCCGGCCUGAGCAUUUUGUUCCGGCACCGGUGCGAGGUGGCUGCUUUUCCUGGAAAACAUCUGACGCCAUGAGGUGCCAGACCCUGGAUACCUGAGACACAUCAUCUUGCUUCUCAGGUUUGGAAUGCAUAAUUAUGAGAAAUAAAAACAAAAAAGAUCUCCAGAAAGAAGCCAAGGACCGUGCAGAGUACCUUCCAGCACCAUGAGCACUAAUCAGUCAGUCAGUAAUGAUGAACUUCUAGUUGGGCUCCAGCUCAAUUUUCUCAUGUUUGAUGAUAGUUCCUGAUCAAGCUCACAGCUGCCAGCAAGCACUCUACUACUGAACUGCACCAUCUCUCCAGCCCAUGCUUACUCUUGAAUAGCCACAAAAAUAUUCAAUGUUCCGGACGCUCCGGGAGGAGGAGAAAGGUUCCUUCACAAGACUGGACGUUCCCUCCCCGGGGGAGGGUGUGGUGUCCCGGGGCCUCUGGGCUUCAGGUGAGGCCUGGGAUGCGCGGCCUGGCGCGGGGGAGGUGACGGGCGGACCCAGAUCCGGGGUAAUUUGCAUCGCCCUCCCCCCAGCCCGGGUGGGGAUUGGCCGGGCAGCGGCGGAGGGUGGUGCGGGGCCUCAGAGCCGCCAGCCCACCGCAGCCAUCAUCAAGGUCACCAGCUCCUGCGCGCCAUCCGCAAAGGAGAUGUCUCGGAAGAUGGCUGGCGGCGUGGACGGCCCCAUCGGGAUCCCGUUCCCGGACCACAGCAGCGACAUCCUCAGCGGCCUGAAUGAGCAGCGGACUCAGGGGCUACUGUGCGACGUGGUUCUCCUGGUGGAAGGACGUGAGUUCCCCGCACACCGCUCAGUGCUGGCCGCCUGCAGCCAGUACUUCAAGAAGCUGUUCACAUCGGGACCUGUCGCGAACCAGCAGAAUGUGUACAAGAUCGACUUUGUGAACGCUGAGGCGCUGAAGGCGCUCAUGGACUUCGCCUACACCGCCACACUCACGGUCAGUACGGCCAAUGUGGGCAACAUCCUGAGGGCAGCACGGCUGCUGGAGAUCCAGGCCGUGAGCCACGUGUGCUCCGACCUGCUAGAGCGCCAGAUUCUGGCGGCUGAUGAUGUGGGUGAUGCGGGCCAGUCCGAUGGCACCAUAGACCAGCGCAACCUACAGCGUGCCAAGGAGUACCUGGAGUUCUUCCGCAGCAACCCCAUGAAUAGCCUGCCCCCCAUUGCCUUCCCGUGGUCAGGCUUUGGUGUCCCCGACGACGGCCUGGACACCACCAAGCAGGCCGUGGCUGCCGCUGUGACUGCUGUGACUGCUGUGGCUGCUGUGGCCGCAGAUGACUGCAAUGGCUUGGACAUCUAUAGCCCAGGACCCCCAACCGAUCGGCCCCCAGUGGGCAAUGGAGAACAGGGUAAGAGCACCCCAGGGCUGUGGCCUGAGCGGAAUGAAGAUGCCCCGCCCGGAGGGCUCUUCCUGACACCGCCUACUGCCCCUCAGGCCACCGCGCAGAUCGGCCACUAUGGCCGUGCAGGGGCCCGCACCAAUGAGGAAGAAGUGGCGGCGCUCUCCAAGGCUGCCCUCGAGCCAGGCGACUCCGCGGGCUUCCUGUCGGGCCCUGCAAAGGGCAAGGAUGGGGACAUUGCUGGUGUGGGCGGGCUAGCAGCCAGUACACUGCUUCAGCAGAUGAUGUCAUCGGUGGCCCAGGCGGGGGAUGUGGAGUCGCGCACCAACGACAUGGGCGCCAUGGACUACUGCCUGAAUUACAGCAGUGGAGCCCAUGAGGGUGAUAUGGACCCUGCCUGGUUACAGAAGGCCGCCGAGAAGAAAAUCCGGCCCAAGGCUUUCCAGAAGUGUCCCAUCUGCGACAAGGUGAUUCAGGGUGCGGGCAAGCUGCCUCGUCACAUCCGCACGCACACAGGCGAGAAGCCCUUUGAGUGUCACAUCUGCAAGGUUCGAUUCACCAGACAAGACAAGCUGAAGGUGCACAUGCGGAAGCACACCGGAGAGAAGCCAUACCUGUGCCAGCAGUGUGGCGCAGCCUUCGCGCACAACUACGACCUGAAGAACCACAUGCGGGUGCACACGGGGCUGCGGCCAUACCAGUGUGAUAGCUGCUUCAAGACCUUCGUGCGCUCCGACCAUCUGCACAGACACCUCAAGAAGGACGGCUGCAAUGGGGUCCCCUCGUGCCGCAGCUACAGGCCUCUUGUGCAGGGUGUGCUACCUGAUGCCCCCGCUGGGGCCUGCGCCUCCCCCGGGCUCCCGGACGCCCCGCCCAGUGGCCAGGAGAAGCACUUUAAGGACGAGGAGGAAGAGGCCAGCCCCGACGACUUGGGCCACGUGAAUGUAGCUGGCAGCGGAGGAGACGAUGUGCCACUGCCGGGGGUAACUUCCCAACCUGACUCGUAUUAAAAUAAACCAAAACCAGCCAACCAAAAAACAAAAAACCCUAAGAACAGAGAGAAACCACCACCCACCCCCAGCACCAGAAGUAAGCAGUUCUCUGUCCAGAUGCCCUCCAUCCAUCCCUGCGGACAUGUGUGCGUAUAUAUACCUUGGCCGCGGGUGCCUGCCUUUCUCCGAUCCCCAUCUGCUCCUGUGCCUCUCGCCCCAUCCACCAAGGGGCCCCACCCAGCGGCCCAGCCUGCUCCUGGCCGAGGCGAGGGUGAUGAGGACACCAGGACAGGCGCCCGGCUCCUUGCUGGUUGGUUUGGGGGGGGGUGUGUGUCUUAGACAGAUCUUAAAUGCUUUGUCCACUGUGACUGGAUGUUAAAAUGGUCCCCAGCUCCAGCCCUCCUUCCUCAGGGCACUUAAAGAAGGGGGUGUCCCCUCAGCCUGCCUCCCUACCUUUGGCCUCACAUCUCUGUACGUCCACCCUGGCCACCACUGGCAUAGAAAUCUAAUUAUUCCCAAGCCUGGAUAGCCAGAGCGGGGAUUUGGGGGAUCGCUGGGGUCCCUGCCACCCUCCUUCAUGGCACUUACACCUGACGGGGCCCUCGGGGCCACUGCUCAGGGUGACUCUGGCCAUGCCCCCACCCCGUGUUCAGAGACUGAAAAUUCGUCAUCAUGCCAUGCCCCACUUUUUAAGGCACUUUUUAAAUCUAUUUCCCUUUUUCCUCCUUAAAGACAGUUUAUAUAGAGAUAGAGAUAAAUAAAAUAUUCUUUUCCCCAGAGGAGCCGACAGCAGUUUUGGGUGGACGUAACCAAGAUCAGAGGUAACCCCAGGAACUCAGGCAGAGACAGGCGAGGGAGUGAGAGAGGCCACAGCUUAAUGUCACAAAAUAGGAAUAAACCCCCAAGAUUUUAGUAAACACAAAGGGAGAACAUUUUUUAAAAAACAGUAAAAGUAGUAACAGCCAGGUGGGGAUCUUGGCACUUUGUAAUUGAACGGGUACUUUUCAUUCUUAUGAAAUGUUUACAAGUUGCACCUAGCUUCUAUGAAAAAUUGAAGAGAGAGCAAGAGCAGUGGGAAGUAGCUAAGUCAUUUUAUUUUUAUAUGAAAUAAAAGAAUCCCCCUCCAAAG